AUGUCUCUGUCGCAGCUCUCACAGCUGCUUCCUCUUCCCGAGGGAGAACUUCAGCAGGUCUUGCAAUAUGCUUCAAUGCUCUCCAAGGCCGAGGCGGCUGCGCACUUGAACAACUUGCUCGGAGAUUCACCCCUCGCGGUGGAUUUUAUUGCAUCAUUCAAUUCACACAGAAAAGACCCCUCCGGAGCCCAGGAAACGUCACCCAAGGAAGCAGAGUCACUCGACGCAGUGCCCAAGACGAAGCGCUCCCAAAAGAAGAAGGAGAAGCCGGCGAUUCGUGUGCCAGAAGCCAGAAGAGUUGACGGGUACGCCGCGGCCGGACCAUCAAGCCAGGCGUACAAGAAGAGCAAAGACGUCGAAUACAUACCGCAACGUACUAGCGCACCGAGCAGCAAUCAUGCGUUUAGAUCAGCCACACCGCCCGCUCAAGCUCGGCCCAAACAGCAUGCCUCUUCAGCAGGGUACCUGAUAUCGGAUGGGCCACCAAAGGCCAGGGCCAAGUCAAGCCCGACCUCGAGGACGUCGACCCCGAAGCCGACACCAGCAAACACGGCCAAGGUAUCAGUGGCGGGUGGGACACCGAUGGCCGGCCAAUCUACCGCCCUUGCGGAUUUGGAUGCGGCCAUCCGGGCCCUGGAAAUCACGACAAAUCCUGCGCUCGAGAGCGGGAAACGGGAGGCUUGCAACUGUGUGGCGACCCGGCACCCGCUUCAAGGCGCGGCACCAAACUGCUUGUCUUGCGGCAAAGUGAUCUGUAUGAAGGAAGGACUAGGACCGUGCACCUUCUGUGGCUCACCGUUGCUGAGUUCUGACGAGGUGCAGGCCAUGGUUAGAGAACUCAAGGACGAGCGUGGGAGAGAGAAAAUGGCAGUCAAUGCAUCGGCAAAUAGACGAGCCGAGGUAUCAAAGAAGCCGGCGCCAUUCACGCAGGCGCGCAGUGACUCGGCCCCCAGUGCUGGUGGUUCACUAUCCGAAGCGGCCGCCAAGGCUCGACAGCAUCGCGACAGGCUGCUCGGCUUUCAAGCGCAAAAUGCCAAGCGAACGACGGUUCGGGAUGAAGCCGCUGAUUUCGACGUCACGGGAGCAAUGAAUGGUACUGGAAGCAUGUGGGCCAGCCCAGAAGAGCGAGCCAAAGAGUUGAAACGUCAACAGAAGCUCUUGAGAGAGAUGGAAUGGAACGCCCAACCUGAUUAUGAAAAACGUCGGCAAGUCAUUAGCAUUGACGUAGUCCAAGGCAGAGUAGUACGGAAGAUGGCUGCAAUCGAGAGACCAGCGACUCCCGAUGACGACGUUGAUAGCGAGCCCGACGAAGGGGUAUUGGGGGAGACAUCUGGAAACACGGGGGGAUCACAUCGUACGAACGGAGGAGCCUUUAGGAAGAAUCCGUUGUUGGGCUCACUCAUGAGACCUAUUUUUGAGGCCAGGGGCAAGGGCCCGGAUCUUGGGGCAGCCAGGAGUCGAGAAGAGCGCAAGAAGGACUGGCGAAGGGUACAAGACGAUCUUGACAACAACGAGCAUGUGAUCCUAGAUGGCGGCGCAUAUGGCUACAAUGACGGAGGCGACGAACCAGCUUGUGGGUAG